AAAAUUUAUGACCCGUCGUCACUCGUCAGUCUCAUUAAAUUCAAGAAUGCAACUUUAACGGUCGAAGGUUUUUCAAAAACUGUCCGCAAUUCGAGCUGAUAUUCGGUCAUGGAAAAACCUAACCCACCAUCACCAACCUCGCAGUCAACGCUUCAUAUUCACAUAGUGAUUUUCACAUACAUACAAUACAUAUAAUAUUCGAGUGCUAAAUCGAGCGUUUUUUAGGGUUUUAUCACGAGAUUCGCUUCUUUUUAAAGAUUUUCAAUUGCUUAGUUAAACAUGUGAUCAUCGAAACUCGUGUCACAGAGCUUGAAGGUCACGAUUUUCCAGCUCUAAAGCUAAGAUUGUGAACAAUUUAAGCAAGGUUUUGAAGUAAUUCUAGGGUUUCUAAAAAUACCAUUAUGGCUUCUGUAAUUCAGAAUUGAAUCAGCAGGGUAGACUUUGAUCUGAAACAGAGGCUUAUACUGGAUUCACAAAGCUCGUCGCAUAUGAACUCGUUUUUCGAUCAUCAUCGCUUGCUUUUCACAGAUCAAAGAUUGGAACCCAAAAUAAAUUAUCGGCGAUUGAGGUGAAUAUUUGAGGGCAAGCAAGAAAAGUGUGUAGAUUUAAGUAUUACGUAGUAAAUAUGAGGGGGUUAUGUUUUCCAAAGUGUAGAUUGGCAAGAAUAAUGGGUUGGCUUCAGAUUGUGUUGGGAGGGCUUGUUAUAAUCGUAAGCAUAUCGAGUCUCUUUCGAUUCUAUUCGGCUGGUUUCUUCUUGAAAAAUGAGGAUAUUUGCAAUCAUUUUUAUGGAGUGAAGGACGUUUAUGAGGGUUUCGACAUAAAUGCAUUGUCAGCUCGGGUUGAGGAAGUACUUCUUAAGAUGGAGAGCUUGCAGGACAAGCUCGAAUCGAAAGUGCAACAGAUGGAAAAGAACAAGGGUGUGAUGGAUAGAACAAACAUUUCUAAAUCAGAGUAUAAAAAGUUUAUAGAGGAAGAGGUGAUUCAGCCUCUUUAUAGUGCUCACAUCGCUCUUAGGCAAAUCCGGUUGCCUAAAGUUGAAGGGAUUAGAAACAUGACAGUGAAGGAAGAACCUCUGAUUAACAAUUUUGUGAUUGAGGAGAUCCGGAAGUAUAUAACCCCGAAAGAGAAUAGGGUUGGGAAGAUCAAUAUAUAUGGAACAGAUAGGAUAUACAACACAAUAGGGCAUGCUUGUGUGCUGAUGAAGAAGGAAUUGGAAGAGUAUAUGGACUAUGACAUCGGGUCUUACUGUAAAGAUGAUUGGAUUCUUGCACAGAAGCUUAUGGUUAACGGUUGUGAUCCAUUGCCCCGGAGGAGGUGCUUGACAAGGGCUUCUAAGCUCUACCAGAAGCCUUACUCGAUCAACGAGUCCUUGUGGAAGCUCCCGGAUGGUAGAAAUGUUAGGUGGAGCAAUUAUCAUUGCAGGAACUUUGAGUGCUUAUCGAGCAAGAACCCUAAGAGGGGUUAUUCCAAAUGUACGGGAUGUUUUGAAAUGGAAAAAGAAAAGCUUAGAUGGGUGACCAACACUACAUUGCCAGUAGAUUUCCUGAUGAAAGAUGUUUUGGCUAUUAAGCCGGGGGAGAUUAGGGUAGGACUUGAUUUUGGCAUUGGUACCGGGACAUUUGCUGCAAGGAUGAGAGAACAGAAUGUUACAAUUAUCUCAACAGCUCUAAACCUAGGGGCUCCUUUCAACGAGAUGAUUGCACUUCGAGGUCUAAUUCCUCUGUAUGCAACAUUGAAUCAACGCCUUCCAUUCUUCGAUAACACGAUGGAUUUGAUCCAUACAACUGGCUUUAUGGAUGGCUGGCUUGACCUGCAAUUGAUGGAUUUUAUACUUUUUGAUUGGGACCGGAUUUUGAGGCCGGGAGGGUUGUUGUGGAUCGAUCGAUUCUUUUGUAACAGAAGGGAUCUAGAUGACUACAUGUACAUGUUUCUGCAGUUUAGGUACAAGAAACACAAGUGGGUUAUUUCUCCCAAAUCAAAGGAUGAAGUUUUUCUGUCUGCAUUGUUAGAGAAACCUCCUAGAUCUCUGUGAUUUCACUACAUUUCUUGUUUUAUUUGUAUGUUGUAUUGAUUUUAUGACAAUCAUGUUUCAGUUCCUAGAAAUACAAGAAAGCCCAAGGCUUUUUCUUUGUA